UAUAUAUUUCUUUUAUCACAUAAUUCACGUUUCAACUAUCAAACUAUAGUAUAAUUAUAACUUGUUUUCAUUUUGAACAUCAUGUUGGCCAACAUAACCAGAAAUGAAGGAUUUUUUGUGUAGGUUGGUGAGAUAUCCCUGACCAAGUCGAUUUACGUAACUUACAUGAAGUGUGCACGCUUAUCGUUUUAUAUUCUGAGGCAGGUGAAAGAAAUAGGUUAGAAUUCCGAAACCAAACUAAAUAUUUUUUCUUUUUCAUCACUGUGAAUUAGUGAAUAUUAAAAGCAUUACUAUAGGUAUUGAUAACAAUGUCCAUUUUGUUUAAAAUACGGCGUAAUUUAUAUCAUGUUAAGUAUAUCUCUAAAAUGGUUCUUUCUACUUCCACAAAUAAAUUGCAGAAAAAUUUUCGUAGUUUCCAUCUUAAUACAAGUUUACGAAUAAAAAUGUUUUUGGAAUUUGAAAAUAAGUAUGCAUAUGCAAUUAUGGAAAACAAAGGGUAUUCAAUGAGUCUCACUAAAGAUAAAGACAAUAUAAAGCAAUAUAUACCUAUUACUGAUGAAGAGUUUACUGAAUUGAUGCAAGAAAAUUGGGUGCAUAAAACACCGGAUCAAAUUUUUGACUACUUUUCCAAACUAGGUGUUUAUUGCUAUAAUAAUGGCCUAUGUAUUUCCAAUAAAAUGUUUGAUACUUUUAUAGACCAUCUUACAGACAAUAUAAAGUUAGCUACUGACAAACAGCUUAUGUCUUUAUUUUAUGCUUUAUGCAAAUGGCCAGAAACAGAAUCUAUCAGGACAAGAAAUUACAUAGAAAUAUGGGCUGCUCUAGAUGAUGAAUGCUUACACAGAAUGAAAGAAUGGAAAAUAGAUCAACUGUUAUCUUUUAUUUCUUUAUUUUAUAUGUUAAAUGUUACAAAGGUUAGUGAUUUUUCUCUAAAGUCUCUACGAAAAUUAGCAUCAAAAUCAAAACAGUUGACAGCAAGUCAAUUAGUACAAACAUUGUUUUUUGUUGGUAUUGUUCGAAAACCACCAUUUGAUAUGCAUUUUUUGGAAGUAUGUUUGGAUAACAAAUUCUCAGAAUUUACAAUAGAUGAUCUUGCUAUAAUGUCUAUGGGAUUUUUCAAAAGUAAAACUCCAUUAAGGAAUACAGAAUUAGUGUGUAAAAUAAUUGAUAGAAUUAUUGAAAACUCUACAAAUAUUCAUGAGGUAUCUCUUGCAGCGCUUUUAAAAAUUGUGAGAUAUUCUAUGAAAUUAGUUAAUCAUAAUAAAAUAUAUGAUGUACUGGAUGUUCUCCAACAUGAAAUACCAAGAUUAUCACUCAUGUGUAAUGUUCAUAUUGCAUUACUUGGCACAUCUACUUUGGUAUUACACAAACCAUGUUUAACACAAAUUGCAAUAAAAACUAUGGAAUCAAUAUCUCAAGCUAGGUUAAAAGAUCUGGAAAGAUUAGUAUUAACAUAUGGCACAUUCAAUUGGAAACCUCAAACUGAAAAAUGUUUCUUCCAAUCAGUAAUAGAUGAGUUUAGAAAACCAGAAAGGUGUGAUGAAAUUACUAAACAUGGUAGAUCUUUUGCAUGUAGUAUAACAUUUUUAGGUCUUUUAGGAAUAUAUCCAAGAGAUUUGAUGAAUAAAGCUUUAGACCCAGAUUUUUUGAGAAAUACAUAUGGAAAACAGUGUGUAUUAUAUGGUAAAGAAAUAUUAUCUAUUGACAAUUCAGCUGAGAUAUUUUAUCCAGAUGCUACAAUGAAUCGUCUCAGUGACAAAUGUUCUGUCAUUUUGGCAAAGAAGUACACAGACUUCGUACCAAGUGAGAAUUAUAGUAAACAGUAUAAUAUAACUGAAAGAAUGAUGCUAGAUGUCAUGAGAAUAUUGAAGGAUUCCCGUGGUGGUGAUAAUUUUGUCAUAGGAGAUCAUAUUUUGACACACCAUCAAAGAGGAGAUAUUAUUAUCUGCAAUGAUUGCAGUGGAAAACCAUUACCUGUAGUUGAUGUAUUUAAACAAACGAAGUUUGGAUUACUUCAAAAACUACCAAACGAUAAUGAGUGGAUUAUAUUAGUGAUUACUGGCAGAAAUGGUAUUAUCCAUAAUAACAAUACACCUUCUGGGCAUUUCUUAAAUAAAAUCAAAGAACUGAAUGCUCUUGGAUAUAAUGCUGGAUUGGUGCUUUGGUCCAAGUAUUCUACAUUAGAAACAGAUGAAGACAAAUUAAAUUAUAUUAAUGAUGUAAUUAAAGAAGCAGUUAACAAUAAAAAUUCAAAGUAA